AUGGGUUCGCCCUCAAUCGCGGUCAAUUGUCAGCAGACUCGGCGUGUGGCUUAAAGCUUCACCAUCUACCAUAACCGGACAGAGGUCUUGGUAUUGCAUAUUUUGAAGCCCCACUUCGGCAGUUGUUCCGCCUACCUGGCGUACGGCGUACUACAUUUCUGUGAGGAAACUUGCCAGGAAUGCGAUUUCAUCCACGUGGUCGAUGCUCGCAAAAACUGUGCCAGCGAGAGACUCUCACAACAAAUCAAUGAAACUUUCGGGCCGCGGGCGACCUGGGCUUUCUGUUGGUAUGGGAGAUGGAAGUGAGAGUGAUUUCGUCUCAGUUACAAUGAGUGACCGAUCACAUGAAAUGUUGGCUGAAAUUCUGAAAUGCGUUUUCGAUUAGGAAGGAUAACUGGGGCGCAGUUGUAAUACUGAUUAUUCUGCGGCAUAAUCUGAUAACAUUUCGGACUCAGCAGGAUGUCAGCUGUUGAAUACACUGCUUUUCGAUCUCCUGUAGAAACCGUGCCCAGUAAAAAGUGACUACUUAUGCAGCAUGCAUUUUCCCUAUUAAUUUUCUGUGGUCUUGUAAAUUCAAAUAUAUCUUAUAGAAACCACAAACAAAGAUAUGCUUUCUUUCAGUUAAUUGAUAGACAAUCACGUCUUCCUUAUAUUUUAUACUCAAGGAAGGAGUAUAAUUAGGCUACAAAAAAGUUUACUAGUUGUCGAAUAAUUUGGAGCCAGAUCAUUCGUUGCACUAACGCCUAUCGAUUUCAGUCUGCAAAGUGCAUGCGUUCCGCGUAAAGAAAAUCACAUAUUUUGUGUGCCAUUAAAAAGAUAUUAUACAGAGUCUAUAAAAUUCAUCAAUGAAUGCCGACUAUGUUGUACAUUUCAUGAGGAGCCGACGUAAACGGCGACGUACGAUGCUAUGUGGAUGGGCAUUGGGAGGUCUUAAGAAAUCCCAUAAUUAGCGACUUUUUUAAAACCUGAUUAUGCCCCUUCCUUGACUAUAAAAUAUAAAGAAGACGUGAUUGUCUAUUAAUUGACUGAAAGAAAGCAUGCUUUUGUUUAUGGUUUCUAUAAGAUAUAUUUGAAUUUGCAAGACCAUCGAAAAUCAAUGGGAAAAAUGCACGCUACUUAAGUAGUCACUUUUUAUUGGGCACGGUUUCUACAGGAGAUCGAAAAGCAUUGUAUUCAAAAGCUGACAUCCUGCCGAGUCCGAAAUGUUAUCAGAUUAUGCCGCAAGAUAAUCAGUAUUACAACCGCGACCAAGUAAUCCUUCCUAAUCGACAACGCAUUUCAGAAUUUCAGCCAACAUUUCAUGAGAUCGGUCACUCACCGUAAGUUCCAACGCUUGAUUACGCAGCUGUAAACAUUAUAAACGCAUGACUCGAAGAAUUACCAGCUGACGACAUAACUCGCCCCGGCUGGGGAUUGAGAGUCAAGCCGAACAUAACUUGUGUGGUGCCGAAUGCUAUUACCGACAAAGACAAGGGAGACUGGAAUGGCCAUUUCUGGCUUAUUAGCCGUCGUCAGCCAGCCAUACCCAAGCCCGAAGUGUGUAACACCCGAGCCUCGAACUCGCGACCUAUUGGUUUAGAAGUCCACGCCUCUACCCACCGGGCCACGAGCCCGUUGCCUUGUCGGUUUUCGAUCGGGAAUAUACAGUGUUAGGGGGCGCCCCCUAACAUUGUGUGGUGCCCUCUGUCCUGCAAGCCGCUGCGCCUUACACCCGUCUUCAGUUGCCAGCUAUUGAGAUCUGGCGGCUGGAAUAUUUGCCGUGCAGUUCCGUCUCACUGCGAGCAAGUACGCGUGCAAACCAUCAGUGUUGAGCGUCGUCAUUUUUGACGCUACAGCCAUCAUGUUUUAAAACAUAUUUCAGACGCGUUAAGCACCUCCCUCCCCCCUUUUUUUCCUUUGCUUUCAGAUGCCACUGUUGAAGCCUCUAAAUCUGUGCCGACUCUGCGGUGUAGCCGCUCAGGCGGCUGUAGAGAGGCGGAACCUGCACAAGAGGAACAGUCUUCUCCCAACUGCGCUCCCUCAUCUAGUCUCCCUCAUCAGCCUCUCCGCCCUCCAGUUGAACUGGAGGUCCCAAAACCACAGCCACUCAGCUGCGCCGAUGAUCUCAGCCCUGAAGACUACCUCCACCGAAAACGCCUUUCCUGCAGAUCAGUUCCCGAGACCAUGGAGAGCGGCUCCUCCUCCCUCGUGCAGGCUGCUGGCGCCGAGACAGUCUCCGGUGCCUGCAACCGUUCCACCUCGCUGAUCCUGCGCGUACGUCCCGAUGACAGCUGGAUUCACAAGGCGCCGCCUCCAAGCGAGGACGAGCCGCCCAGGGCAACCGUUCCUGUCCUUCAUCCCAUCGCUGAUCUCCCCCUGCGGAUGCAGGAAGAUAACCCCUCGUCCCAUGAACUGUCGAGGCCGGUCCGUCGGGUCGUCUCCAGUAUGGAACCUGUCUUCCUGAGACGCCGGUCUCCCGCCAGUGUUGUGCGCCAACCCCAGAGCGUCCCCCUCCUAGCUGACAGCUGA